GUCCUAAUUGUCUAUGCCCUGGCGAAUGGCGGCCUCCUACUAUUCAUGCACCGGAUAUCUCGAAUUAUUCCAACGUGUGAUUCAAUUGUUUCGGGUGUGCCGUGCAAAUUUGCCGCUCGCUCCUGGGUGUCGCGGUCAGUGCGUUUGGGCAUGUGGACCGGUUUCGUUUUGUUGACACUCGUGUCGUGGCUGGGUGCCGCGCAACUGUCUGAUUCUUUUAUCCUAAUUACAAUGGGUUUUUCUGUUUGUUUGGCCGGUCUGUUCAUUCUGCGUUACGCAGAUCAAAAUGCUCAUUCGAUUUCAUCGUCAUCGAGUGAGACCACAACUACGAUACCAGAUCCCAACAGCUCCAAUCUGUUCAACAUUACCUUGGAGUCAUCGUCAGCUGACCAGCUCAACCACCAAGGGGGUCUCGACACAAAUCUGCCUAGGUUUAUCAACCAACCGGUAUCCGUUGAUAUUGUCUCGUCUGUGACCAAGCUGCGAAUAGUUCUUUUACUCUUGGGCUCCACGUUUCUUUAUUCGACCUGGAUAUUACAUCGUCCCUCGGAGACUGAAUAUUCCAGUCAGUCACUGAUUGUAUUGCUCGCCUUCGCCCUGUUUGCUUUGGGUCAAAUGACGGUUGGCUGUCCACGAUUUAUCGUCUCAUCUCGGAUCUUAUUCCUCCCGUGUUUCCUGUUCGGUCUCACGGGUCACUGGGCCAGUCGACAUCGGUUGUUUGCUCCGCUCUCUGCAUUGACCCUUAUCCUCCUAUGCUCCACUUGGUGGCAAUCGCACCUGUAUCACAGCUCCCGUCCUCCAUUGCCCACAUUUGAUCGCCCUGUGUUCCGGUUGUCCUAUUCCAAAUGGCGUUCUAUCACCGAGACUGUGCUCACUUUGCUUCUCGUCCCAGUGCACAUGGUGUUCCUGGCUGACCAGUCCGGUUGUACAGUGGAACAAUUGCUAGCCCUCGUCUUAGCUCUUACCUUGCGUCUUCGUGCACUACUGCUAUCUCACUUGGUAUAUCCGACUCAGUUUGGUCCCUUAGUGCCCACAACUGACGCUCCCUGUUUACCGGGAAUGGACCGAACUCGGAUCGUGCACCGUUUCGACGGAGUCAAACAUUCAAAGUAUCCAAUCAAACUGAUAACCGCUAUGUAA